ACUACGUCCCCGAGAGAGGCUCCAUAUCCUCCCUCCAUCCCUCCAUCCAGACCGGAGCCUUGCCUCACAUUCACACACACACACAAACACACACACACACACACACACACACACUCCUGCUCCAUGUCCGGAAUGUAACCCGGGUUAUUCUUCAUUUGAGCCCGGCUCCUGUGUCCUCCUUUUUUCAGCCCCCAUGGAGGACUGAGUGAGGUCGGGAUCCAGCGCCCUGCAGGCUGCCGGGGAGAGAGGGAGCUCCACACCGACGGAAGCACACCCAGGUCGGGGACGGCAGCGUUGGAAAUGGUCGGUGUUUCUGGUUCUGGAGGCUCCUUUUACCGUCAUGUGAACGAAGCCGAGGCGCGUCAACCUGCCGGGGAUGACGGUGAAACCAUGCGGCUGGACAGCGCUCCGUAGCCUCCCCUGUCCCUCGCCUCCCACCUGAUCACCUCAUCUCCUCCUCCAUCUCUCCUCUCCGCCUCCUCUCUCCCUCCGUCUCUCUCCUCCCGUUCGCCAUGACGACCUCCCUGGAGACGCUGCUGUCCCAGUCCGACCAGGAGCUGAGCCCCGAGCGGCUGGACGGCUGCGAGGACUCGGUCGGCCGCUACAAGGUGGUUCCCUCCGUGGUGUGCUCCAUGUGCUGCCUGUUCGGCAUCAUUUACUGCUUCUUCGGCUACCGCUGCUUCAAAGCGGUGAUGUUCCUGACGGGCCUGAUGUUCGGCUCCGUCGUCAUCUUCAUGCUCUGCUACAAGGAGCGCGUGCUGGACACCCAGCUGAGCGUGGAGGCCUCGGUGGGCAUCGGCCUGGGCAUCGGCACGCUCUGCGGCCUGGUCACCAUGCUGGUUCGCAGCGUGGGCCUCUUUAUGGUGGGCCUGCUGCUGGGCCUGCUGGUGGCCGUGGCCACCCUGGUGGGCAUGGAGGAGCUUUCCGACAGCCCGCCGCGCUCCGUCUGGGUGCCCCUGGGCGUGCUGCUUGGCCUGGGCAUGCUGUUCGCCGUGCUCACCCUGCAGUGGCAGCGGCUCUUCACCACGCUGUCCACGGCGGUGUUCGGCGCGGCCGUCAUCACCGUGGCGUUGGACUACUUCGUGGAGCUCUUCGCCCUCGUGUUGUACAUGUACGAACGGAUGAAAGCGGCGCCCGGCAAGCCUGUGUGUUGGCUGACGUGGGUGGUGCUGGGGGUGUGGCCUGCCCUCACCCUGCUGGGUGUCAUGGUGCAGUGGAAGGUGACCGCGGAGGGAUACUCCCACACCAAGGUGAUCAUCAGCCGGCAGCAGAGGAGGAUGCAGGUGAUGCGGAUCCGUCAGCGAGACGACCGCUUCCGCAACAAGAAGAAGAAGAAGCAGCAGCAUGGCUCCUCCUCCCACCAUCACCACCAGGCCAAGCAGCUCCACACAGAGCCCGCCUACCGCCGCAAGCCCAACCCCAUCCGCCGCUACGACACCGACGUCCUGUCACCGAGCUACAUCCAGAGUUUCAGAGACCGGCAGGUGCAGGCGCAGCCCUUCCCGGGGCGGCUGGUUGGAGGAGCCCACGCCGUGGUGGAUGUUGGCUAUGACUGCGGCUCCACGGCGCCCCUCGCUGGGGCAGCAGGACCUUCGCUGCGGGUCUGACCACCUCUCCUGAGCACACCACAAACCAGGGAGAGAAACAUGACUCUACAAUCACCACCCGGGCGGGGUGUCGCCACGCCUGUACGAGAACAAACCACCACUGGGGUUAAAUGCAAAGAUUCUAGGUUUAAAUACAAUCUGGGUUUAGCCUCCACCCCUAAGAGGAUUAGAAUGAAUAUGUUGAGGGCUGGAUUUACCCACAAUGCAACACGUUUAACCCUUUACUAAUUCAGUUUUAGAUCAUGAGGCUCUGCUGUCCUGGUGGAUGCCUGCUGGAGAGUCAGUGCGGUGCAGAGGUCUGUUCGACCUCUUUUCACUGUCUCUCCGUAGAUUCAGAUGCACACAUGCAUGCAUGCACUUACACACACACACACACACACACACACACACACACACACACACACACACACACACACACACACACACACGUGGAAACCCGAAGCAGCACCGACCUGUCAGUCACCAUCUCAAGCCAAAACCACAUCAGGGAUCGGAGCUUCAGACCCGCCUCAGGUUCAAACACAGGCAUCGUACGGAAAAUCAAAAUACAACUUUGCCCUGGUUCAGCUGUUUCUACUGCUGACGCUGAAGAAACUAGAUCCUCAGCCUCUUAACGACCCGACAGCGUUCGUCUAAAGGGAAGGAGAGGCCCUUCGAUGCAAACUGGGAUCCUUCAUUCGCUCUCUGUGCCAUCCGGACUACAACAAUCCUCUUUACUGUUGUUUUUAAAGGGGGGAACCCUGGUCAUCCUUGGUGCUGGACGAUGCAGGACGUCUCUCUGAAGGCUGGGGAGUCUGUUUUAACGGGUGCCUUGCCCCUCCGUGGACUGUACCAACAGCAUCAGGAGGGGGGUUACUGGCAGAUCUCCCAUCGAUGGCUUGUUUUUGCAUUAAGUGUGAUCACUGGAAGAUUUUUUAAAGGAGGGAGGGGGGUGGGGGGCUACAACAAGCAGGGUAUAAAACACUGGCGUGUGGUUGGCUUGUUGUCUUCACAGAUGCCUGGAUAUGUGAGGAGGAUUUGCUGGCGAGUCAUAUUUACACUGGCACCUCAUGAGAGUCGCCCGACACACAUGGAGGAGGAUUUUAGAGAUAAAAACAUAUGUCUGAGAUUAUUUAACAUUUGCACUGCAGUGCAGACUGUCGGCUCUCCAAGAGUAGGAGUUAUAUUUUUAUUUAUGUUGUUGCACUCUCUCCAUCAUCUGUGGUCAGCUCCGUUGAUGAGGCAGGACGACACCUUCUUCCUGUUUUGUGCCAUAAAAUAAUACAGAAACAUUUUGGGAGGAAAUUUGUGGAUCAAAGUUUUAAAGUUUAAAGUUUAACUGAAAUUAAAAUCAGUACAUAUACAGUAUCAUAAUGUUUUUUACCAAGAAGAAGAAAUGUAAGAUUUAUUCAUUGAUCUACAGCGGUUUUCACAGUUGUACGGUAUUUUGUUGUUUGCUGCCUUAUUAUUUUUAACUACAGGCACGCAAUGAAUCUUGGGAUAGGUUGCCCUGGAUUUCCCGCCACAAUGUGACCAUUUAAAAAAAUAAUAAUAAUAAAUGAGUUUUAAUUAUAAUUAAAUGCGCCUCCUUGAACGCACCUUCAACAACAGAGGUGUCAGUGUAAAUAGGUCUCAGAGGGUCUGAGUGAGGAGAGCGGACUCGUGGCCUCCUCCCAUCAUGUGCAUUGAUUUUCUUUAUUCGGGGACACAGUGAAGAUGUGAAUGCUUUGUAAACAUCUUUACCUUUCGUUUUUUUUAUUAAAGGAAAAGCAGACAAGUGUGUGGGGGAGGGAGGGAGGGAGGGAGGGGGUUACGUUUUUAUUCGUCCGCGGUGAACUGAAAUGCAUGAUCGCACCCCUCCAUCCCCCUCUGCUCCGCCCCGCGUGGCUUCGUUUUGCCUCCCACCUUCCACCUUCUCAUGUGCAUCGAUGUGAAACUUGUACAUAAAACACAGCACUUACUAACUUCUUCUUCUUCUUUUGUUAUUUUUACAUUUUCUCUUUUAAUUUAAACCUUUUUCUUUUUCUUUUGUGCGACAUGUUCUUUUCCUGUGGGAUGUAUUUAUUUGCUGAUUUAUUUAUUUCUGUAAAGGAGAGUGCAAUGUCUUCACUGUAGGCCAGUAACUCCAUGCUUUAUUUAAACUGAUUAUGACUAUGAUUAUUAAAGCAUGUGUUCCUAUGGGCCUGUAAACCA